AUGGAUCGGAGGAGAGCACGGAGUCCGGCGUACUCACAUCAGAGGAACAUGAGUUCAAGCAGCAUGGGGACGUCAUCUCCUAUGAUGACCCCAGCGCAUCACCAGACGUCCUCAGGGACUGCGGGCAUGCCCAACGUAAGGAGGACGCAGAACGUGGCCACGAAGGCAGCUGCCGCUCGCCUGGCGCAGGUCAUGGCCACUCAAACUGCCGACGAUAACGACGACGAAGGCGACGAGGACGAUCUUCUGUACAGCAGCGAGGGCGGACGCCGGUACGGUGCUACGAUGCCACUCUCGAUCAUUAAUGGAGGUGGCAAUUCUGCUGCUGUGUUGGGGAGCUCGGCUCGAUCUCCUUCUCCUGCGGUAAGUCUCCUCGUCUUCAGUUAUGUGUCUGUUUCCGAGAAACAAGCGCAAUAACUUGGAAUACUUUUCGUUAGAUAUUUUGAAUGGGGGCUAAAAGCGUUUGUCUUACUCUGUAUACUGUAUAUGUACGCCGUUAACUUUAGAGGAUAAUCCGCAAGAGAUCUCUCCUGAGUUCUUGAUUUAGAGUUACCUUUUUCCUGUGUGAUUCUCACUAAAUCUUUCUCUCAUUGGUUGAGAAAUAGAAUAGAUGAUUACCUGUUCAGUUUGAUUUCACCGAAUCUAAGACGUUUUGAAAGAUGUUUUCUGAUUCUGCUCGUUCUCUCGAGAUAUUUAUUUAUUCAUUUAUCAUCUCUCUUGUAUGAGGGCUAUGGUCAAUGAACAACUUCUACCUCCAGCUCUGCACCGUAGAGAUCCUGCUUGAAUAUGACGCGUGAUCAGAUUUUGUCAUUGUAUUUGAUGACUUCUUUUCCCGUAUCUAUUUAUCGUCAACUUGACACCUUGUACUGGGUAUAUUGGAAGCUUCAAAAAUUAUAUCACCAACGUCUCUCCCUGCAUCAUUAAAUUCUAGUUAAGAAUAUGUGGCUUUGCAAUUAGUGUUCUUUGUUCGCACACGUUUGAUGCUGUCUAACACUGAUUUACACGUUAUACCUCUGCUUGACGCGGAUCUUUCCAUUUCUCUGUAGCCCAUUAAUUUUGUAUUUUUUAGGGUUCCAUGAUGUCACAUCGGAUAAUGACCCAGUGAUGUAAAACGAUGAAAGACACUAUUGUGUUGUUCAUAUGCAGCAAAGAUUAACGAUUUUGUCUUUCUUUAAUUAGUUUGUUCAGAACCUCGUAGCCAUUACCCAAUCUUCUCACUCACCAUUGGCCGGAAGGGCAGGAGUUUCUGCUCACUCCACAACACUUGGAUCUCCAAGUCGAGAAUCUUUGAAUACUUCUACUCCUGUUCCAGUAGUCCAACCUCCUGUCAACCGACAUCGCAACACAAGGUAAUUGAACACAAUUUGAUUAUCAAUACUAUUAAUUACCAAUAGAUGGGAGCUCUGAGGCAGUUGAACAUUUUCAGGGUUCUUUUGAUGCCCCUGUGAGAUUAACCCUGAGGAAAUGGCUUUAUUUUAAUGUAUUUUUCCAACUUGUGUAGCACGUGACUUUGAUAAGUCCUGCCGAUUAACAUUUUUCUGUUUACCAUUCUCAGUCAAUCAUAUGGGUGCUUCUAGCUUGCUCAUUUUCGCUAGCUGUAUCCAUUUAGUUUUAAAUUUAAAUUAUGACUUAAAUAAUGUGAUCAAGUUAAUUUUUCUUCUUUAUCUCAUCCCUCUCUUUGAAUACCUUUUGUAGUAGUUAAUAACUUUGCGUAGGGAUUGAAUGAUGUUUCGAGAAAUAAUUACACUGUUUGCUUUCCCAUUCGGCCUUUUUUUUUUACCCACUGUGAACUUCGUUUGAUUUUUUACAUUAAAUCAAAAGGACCAUUCUACAAAAUAUCCAGAUGUAUAAGAAGAUUUAAGUGGUAGAUUCAAGAUUGUGUAUUCUAGCUUGACAAAGAUACAAAUAUGUGAACACCGUCUAUUUGUGUCCAUCAUUCAUCUACCUAGAUAUUUAAAUCUAGGAUCUAUCACUUUUUUGUUCUCCAUGCAAUUGUAUGUGCUUAUGGACGGAGAGAAAGUUUAUUAUAGAAUCGGAAUCUCUCUCCUUUGCAACCAGUGGAUUUGACGCACAUUACAGGUUUGCAGCCAAUCUGGGUCAUGGGCAUAUGAACUCUGGACAAACAGGAAAUCAGCAUGAGACUUCUGCCCUUGAGGAUGAGGUACUGAGUUUCGUUUACUUAGUGGGAUGAAAGUAUAGUUAUAAUAUAAUUUUUAUGGCAGUAGAAUAAUUGAAUAAAGAAAAAUAACGGUAUUUGUGUUUCUACUUAUGAUGUUUAAAAUGAUAUUCUGGUGGAAUUUCAGGUUGAAAUGUUACAGGAAGACAAUGAGGAACUCCGUGACAAGGUAGCCUUACAUUACAUCAUUUGAAUCAUCAUCUAUGUGUUUAUGUGUAAAAUUGUAAUGUCCAAUGGGUAAAUUGCCAUUUUAUGCUCAGCUGCGUGCUGUAGAGAACAGAUUUAAGGAAUCAGAGGCCAGGGCUCAGGAGCUUGAGAAACAGGUUUGCUAUAAGUGUCUGAUUUUAGUUCUGUAUAUUUUACUUUAACUGAAUAGGUUGUAGAGUGCAAAAAAUGGACAUAUUUUUUCAAAUACAUGCUGUAAUCCAGCUACAGAAGUAUUCAUUAUGAACCCGAUUUCCUUUUCUCCACCAUAACCAUGCAGAUUCAGAUGGGAAAAUAUGCUAUUUAGGAGAAUGUAGUUUGGAUUUUGAUUAUGGAUGGAAUAUUGAGUGUUAAGAGCUAUCGAGAAACGUCAUUUGUCCGGGGCUAGUGAACAAUGGAGGCCCAACACGACGGAUUACAAGUCUGAGGUGGUCGAAGCAUAUGCUGAAGCUGGAUGUUCCUCUCGACAUGUCUCUUUCAAUUACGCAUCAAUAGAAAUGUCCUAUAUGAUAAGUGUUUAUUAUUAUUUAUCCUUUAUGAGAAUUGUUCUGGAUGCAUCUGUAAAUUAUGGCCACGCCACAGAUUCCAAGCAGUGAUAAUGAAAAAUAUGUUACCCGCCUCCAGAAUCUCUGAAAGAUGUUGGAGAUGAAUAAAGUUUACUUUCUGAGAAGUGAGCUAGUUCUUGGCGAUUCCCUGCACCAAUUUUUAGAUCACUAAACUACAUAUUUUUUAGAGCUAUGCAUGCUUGUUUUUGGCGGAUCACGAGUGAAAGAUGGCUAAGUGUAUGUAAUAUGUUAUGAGAAAAAGAUAAAACAAGAAGUGAAAUGGAUCAAUGAAUGAGAACUGUUUAUAUCAAUACAUAUGGUACAUGUCUCAUUCUUUGGAUAUCAAUCAUCCUGUAGAAUGCAGAAAUCAUUGUCUUGGAUUGACAGAUAUUUGUCGCACUUAGAGAAAGUAAAUGAUCUGGCCGCUGAAUCAUUGAUGCAGCUCUGUACUGAUUUAAUACAUCAAUAUAUCUACAUAAAUGAAUGGGAGACAUCAUGUCUGACAUAUAUCAUCGUGUUCUGAGUGGCAAGAUACGACUUAAAAUCGCGAGUGUUCCCGCAAUGGUUCUCCAAGACUGAAUUGAGAAGGGCCAAUUUUAUUCCGCAUAGGAAUCUGUUGAUUCCCUGAGCUGGGUCAUGCUCAGAGUUGGGUCAAAAUAACCUGAUCAUGAUAUGGAGUGGGAUUGAGAUCAGCUGGGAAUGCUAUUUCCCUUAUUAUAAGCCUUUUUUGGCGGGCCCAAAUGGGCUUUUAUCUGUUUUUAUGAAAUCAUCCAUUGUUGGAACAUAGUUCCUCACUCAUUCCUUACCCUCCCGCGUAGGACCAGCACUGAAGAGCUUAGAUCGUCUAAUGAUGUAAGAUGUACAUCAGGAGUUGUCUCUGUCUACUAACAAAAACCUUGUCUGUUUGUAAAUCCUUAUAAAAAGGCAUAAUUGUCUCUGUCUAGUAACAAACACUUUUUGGUGGAAAUUAAUACUUCAAGAAUUGAAAACAGUGCACAUCUCAACUUUCUAUGAGAUUCCAGUGAUUGCUAAUUUAAUCCAAAAAAAUUGUCUCAGUUCCCCACUUUGUUAACAUUAUAAAUUUAAAUGUUUCCCAAGAGUCAUUUUAUGCCUUCUAGAUGAAGUCAGGGAGAUAUUUCGUUUAUCGUGCAUAUUUAGAUCUAUGUUGGAGUUUCCAAGAGGGAUUGGAGUGACUGGAAGCACAUAUUUCUGAAUGGAAUAUGAUCACCUCCUCUAAUCUCACAAAGUGAUAUGGAUAUGUUUAUCCCAGUGUUUGAAUAUUUUUUCUCAUCUGUGGACGUGAUUCAAUUUGUGUUCAAAGAGGUGUAGGAACACGAUUCAUUGCACCCAUUAGUUAUCAUUUACGGGUGUUAUCGUCUUCGAAACGUCAUGUCAUGCGUCUUUUCGUUCCAUUAUUUAUAGUUUCCCUUAACUCCAUGAUUUUUUUUUGUCUGCGCUUUACACUGUUCAGGUUGCCACUCUUGGUGAGGGCAUAACCGUAGAUCCCCAUCUAGUUAGCAGGUAAAUGUGUUUUCCUAGUUAAGAGUUUAGAAAUCUCUCUCUUAUACUUGUAUUUUGACAAUUAUGAUGGCACAUUUUCAGAAGAGAGGAAGCAAUACGUCAAAGAGAGGUAACUAUGGAACUGAACUUUUUGUAGGAUGAAUUUUGUUUGCGUUCUAGUCUAUUUGGUACAUCCUUGCGUGAUUCUCGCAUGAUGAUAUGAAAUUUAUGAAGCUCAAGGGAUGCUAAAAAGUGAUCAUGUUCUGAUGAUUUUUCCUCUACCAAAAGCAUUCUGUUUUCAAUUCACUCUUUUCGAGCUACAACAAGGAUUGAAUAGAAGGGCGUCCUUGGUAGUCGAAUGCUAUUGACCACACUGUUCAACGUCAGUGAAUGCUCGUUUUGUUUCCUUAAUGGAGAGAUUCAAGAAGAUGUAUCUAAUCCUGGGGCACCAUUCAACUUUCUGUUAGAGGAACAGUUCCUGCUGCUACUGGAGGAUUAUCUCUAGAUACUAUGUGCAAUCUUUAUACUGAUUGUUUUUCAACUUUAGAAAUCGGUUCUAGUAGGUCUUCUGGCCUUAAAACUGAAAAGGCAACUUGAAACUCGUUUAGCCUGACAUUGGCUCUAGUCCUAAGAUGGCUGACCGGCAAGAGUCUGAUUUUUUUUCCCUAAGUGGUUCUGGUUCUGUCAUGUGACAGGUUUGCUGUUUUGGUGUGAGUUGGCUGCUUUUGUUCAAUUUUUGUCAAAUUCAUCCCAAAGUCAAAAUGAUUUAACUUUUUCAGUCUGUUUUUGUUUGCGUAGUUCCAUGAAUAUGUCUAAUUAAACAAAAACGAGAAAUUUCUUCCUCAUACUUUAUGGGUAGGCUUAUGGCCAUUUUAAAAUCUGGGUGGAAGUCUUUUGCUUUGCGUUUUCUUUUGGUUUCAUAAUUGAAAUACAGUCAUAAACCAGUAAAACGAAAGAAAACUGGACCAUGCCAUUAUACUGAAAAUAUCAUUUGAUCUGUUUUCUUAAGGUCAGAACCAUCGACCGCUCUGCGAUGGAAUGCCACUUGAAAUGUCAGUUGGUAUUUUUAAAGUCACUUGGAAGGAUUAUUACUUGAAAUUUGAAUGGAUAUAAGUAGUUUCUGUUGGGAGAGUACAGAUGUGCGGAUAGGAGGUAUGCGUUAGAGGUCUGUUGGGAGAGUAUAUAAAUUGACAAAAAAUGUGAUUCAUUAGAGUUCUGAUGAAAUUUUAAUGUAGUCAAACGGAUGAAAUCAUGUUUAUUUUAUUUUCUUGUAAAUGAAGUGAACGUUAAGCGAUCACAAAGUUCCCAAUUAUUCAUUAAAAGCUUUCCGAAUGUUUGAAGUUACCUCUUUUUUGUUGAAGUUGUGCUAGUAGCAAAGUGCCUACAUAGGUUAACUGUGUCACUUCUCAGGCUGCUCUUAGAGUUGUCGAACAAAGUAUGGGAGGAAGAGAAGAGGAAAUGGCAUCGAUUCGAUUAGAAGCGGAGGUACGCAUGUCACCAGAGUAUAGUAUCUUUUAUCACCGAGUUGCUAAAAUCAGGUCAUUUUCUGUAUAGUUAGAUUUCUUAGACUUUCUUCUUUCAACCAACAGUCUGCGAGAGAUGAGGUUGCCAAUGCCAUGGAACAACUCCAUGAAGCACAAUCUGAAGCAAAAGCUCUUCGGUCCAUGACUCAAAGAAUGAUAUUGACUCAGGAGGAAAUGGUACACCAAAAAUACUAAAGGGAAAUCUGUUACUUGCUUAAUUAGAAAAAUCAAUGUCCAAGUUCUUUGGUUUUCAGGAGGAGGUUGUGCUCAAGAGGUGUUGGCUUGCUCGUUAUUGGGGAUUAGCUGUUCGUCAUGGUAAUCUUCUCAUGGUUUUCGGUUUAUAAGAGCGCGAUUGGUUGACCUGUAAAAUAUGAAAAUCAUGCUUGUACGUCGGUUCCAUGUUUUAGCUGAAGUAGGAAAAAUGAUUUAAAUUUUGGUCAGUGUCAAGAAUCGAGAAAUUAAAUCAUAUGAAAUACUGAGCUAAUAUCGCUAUCAUGUGAAGCUUAAUUUUUCACAGAAGUAGCCAGAAAAAGUUCAGGAUACAAUCGUAAUAUAAAUUUUAGGCACACGUGAUGCUACGUGUAGUGUAUACAUGCACAUAAAAACAUGGAAACUCGUCAUUAGUCUUGAUCUAAAUCAUGGGAAUUAAAUGUUGACAUAAACCAUAUUUUUUUAAGCUAAAUUCUUUCACGAGUUAAUUUGCUUUAUGUCUACUGAAGGGAGCCAGAUCACCUACAGAUAUGUAUUCUGAUUAAUUUCCUUUUUCUCAUAACUGUGCCUUUAGGUAUCUAUCCUGAAAUAGCAGUGUGUAAAUAUGAGCACUGGUCGUCAUUAGCUCCGCUUCCCUUUGAAGUAGUUAUUUCUGCCGGACAAAGAGCAAAAGAAGAGUCUCAGGACCGUGGUCAGCUAUCUUUUCCUAGUCAUUUUACCUUUCCCCUCUUUCUUAUAGCUUGCGUUUUGGAAGGACUUUUACUCUGUGUUGUCAUUUUUUUGUCUUACAGUUAACGAUUCUGAGAGAAAGUACAAGAUUACUCGCAAUCUGACAGAUAUAGCCGGAGAAAGCAGCAUAGAGAGUAUGCUUUCAGUGGAAAUGGAUUUAAGAGAAUUGUAUUCACUCAAGGUUCCUUCUCAUUUACAUUUCAUAGUUCAUUUCAUUCAUUUUCAUUUGGGGAUAUCUCUAUUCAUAAUAGCUUAUACAGAAUAUCAUUUUUUUCUGAAGAUUAAUAAUGCCGGAAUUUUCUCUCAUUUUAUUUUUCUCUUCUGCUUCCAUCCUGCUGUUGGCGUUUGAUUACCUUGCGCUUUGUUUAUGAAGGUUGAAGACGCCGUAUUACUUGCACUAGCCCAGCACCGGCGUCCAAAUUUAGCACGUCAGUUAACUUCGGGUUCUUACUAAGCUUAUUAUUUUCGGAUAGUACUCCUCGAUAUUGAAUCGGAAGGGUCUUGUUUACUUAAUCUCUGUCUCUUUAUUACCAUUUACAGAUAGUCCCCCCAGAUAUCCUUUUGAUCCCCUUAUUAGAUAUUUCUGGCUACUUACACUUCCGGUGCUUUCUUUCUUUUUUUUUUCUUUUUUUUUCAGAUCUCAAGUCAUCUGGUGAUCCCAGGAUCUUGGAGUCGUUGGGUAAUGAUAUGCAGCCAUGCUUAAUACAUUCCAGCGGUUAUUUACUCAUGGCUAGAAAAGACGAGCUGUUCUUUUAUCCAGAUCGCUUUGUAGCUUGCUGUUCUAGAGAGUUCAACUUGUUCUUCGUUGUUUGACUUAUAUUUUGGAUAAUUUUGAGACGAGUCUCUCAGUUUCUGCCCCUCCCGUAUUCUCUGAGGUUUGGGUGAACUGGUGCUUUGAUACAGAAUUGACCCAGGAGGAAGCAGAAGACGUCUCAUUCAAGCAGGUUUGAUAUUUAGUUCUGGCAUAGUCUCGUCCUUGAUUCACUGCUGAUAUAAACACCCAUAGUUCAAUAUUAUUCCUUUGUAAUUCCAAUUCCGGUUACUUCCAUUAUUUUUCACUACCAUGGCGAUGUUUUUGCGCGCUUAGCCACUUGAGCUGGUUGAGUCUGUAAAACUAUCUGUUGUCAGUUUCUUCUUUCCUGAAAUCAGCAAUUCCUCUCUCUAGUUUCUCUUAUUGGCAAUGCUGUAUUGGUAAAAUCUUGGCUAUGUAUUCUCUCUACUUUUUGAAAAUGGCAAAAAAAUCUUUACUUCCAAAUAAUCCGGACCGAGAACCAAUCUCCUGCAUGAGGUGACGCAUGGUUGACCAUGAAUUCUGCCGAGUCCAUUUUUUUCCAUAGGAGGCUAAACAUGCCAGAGCUUUCUCUUGCCAGGCGUGGCUCCUGUACUUCUGGAGAAGAGCCAAGGUCAACGCCGUAGAGGAGGACAUUGCGGAGUCUCAGCUUCAACUCUGGAUCUCACGUAGCGGCCAGCCACCAACCUCUCACGACGCCGUGGAUGGUAAAACUCCCUCCACCCGCCCAUCCUCAGAUAUAUUUUAUUAAAACAAUAUUCGUAUGUAUGUAUAUAUAUUUGCCUCUUAUCUGGCCUGCCCCUUCAGUGGAGCGAGGUCUGAUCGAGCUUCGGCAGCUGGGGAUCGAGCAGCAGCUUUGGGACACCUCGCGCAGGGAGAUCGACCAGCCAUCUUCAGUCGGCGUUCAGAGUCCAGCGGCAGACUCAGAGACAUAA